UAGGGCUACCGGGCACGGAGGCCCUCAAUUUACUUGAACAAUAUCCAGCUGGACGUAUGGUAUUAUCGCCUCGUGCUAUAUACGUUCGAACUGCAGGCUGUGAUGGAGGAGUCAAAUUCGUCCUCAUCACGUUCGGAUAAGGCUGCCAAGGCGAAGCCUCGUCCUCGUACAAAGACGAGUCGGCCUUCGUAUGCUUCGAAGAGUCGUGAAGUGCUCGUUCCAGUGUGUAUCUCGAGAGCCCAGGCCAUGUUGCAAUUCAUCUGCGAUAGUUUCCCACCCCGUGCAGCGAUCGAGUUCUUACCUGAACGUAUCUUGGGACAAACAACAGCCGCUGCAUUGCUGAUGAUAGAAAUCCUCUACCAUCCAACGCUCAGCUCGUACAUUUGCGAGGACACAGCGAUCUAUACAUCCACAUUGAACAAUUGGGCAAACGUAAUGCAAAUGGCUUCAGCUCAAUAUCCAUUCGAUCAAGCUCGCACGUGCAGUUCAGCGGUGUAUUCACGUCUUGUACGUGAACAAGCGAACGUUCGAUCCAUCCUUUAUUCCUCCGCGCUUCCUCUGGGCACAUGGUAGUGGUGCAUUGUCUGGCCUUUCGUUAUCUCUCGCCCCUUCGCCGGUUGCUGAUCCGACGUCCCCACCUCCGUUGGGAGGCGGACCUUCGCACGAUGUCAACGGGUAUCAGUAUCCGCAUACACUCAUGGCGGAGAAAAACUUACCCGUACAACUCUUGGAAUGUGCUUACUCGCCUCCUG